AUGAAACAUUUUCAAGUUCUAUCAAUAUUAUCAUUUAUAAUAAUAAUAGUUUCAUCAAUGACUAUAUCACCACAUGGUGGUUAUCUAUUUAUUGAUGAAGGAACAGAUUUUUAUAUUGAAUGUAUUGGUUAUAAUCCAAAAUGGAUUACAGCUAAACGAUUAACAUCUGAUACAGCUCGAAUUUCAACACAAUUAAUUCAACCUAAUCGUAAAUCUAUUUUAACUAUUCAAGGAAUGGAUAUAUCACUUACUGGUCCAUAUUUAUGUCAAACAAAUCAAUCUGUAUCAACAAUUAUUCUUCAUUUAACAAAACGUAAAUUAGAUCUGACAAAACAAAUUCGUUUUAUGGGUACGAAUACAAAUCAAACAGUUGUAUAUGGUAAUGAUAUUCGAUUGAAUUGUUUUGCUCAAUAUUAUAGUGAAAAAGCAAUGGAUUCACCGUAUUUACCGAAAAUUCUUUGGUUUUUUGAACGACGACAAUUGAAUAAUAAUGAAGAUAAAUAUAUUAUUGGUAUAGAUAGUUUAAUUAUUCGAAAUUUUAAUUAUUAUGAUCAAGGUGUUUAUUAUUGUCGAGCUUUUAUAACAUUAAAAAAUAAAUUUUUAAGUAAAAUUUAUCCUAUUAUUGUACAAUUACAAAAUUCAACAUCUUUUAUUAAUGAUACAUCAUUAUCAUUAAUUGAAAAUAAACAUUGUGAUGGUUUUACUGAAACUAUUAUAACAAAUAAUACCAUAUCAUAUUGUAAUACAGAUGGUUAUAUAUCAAAUUAUACAUGUCCAAUGGAUCAAAUUUGGAAUGAAGAUUAUUCACAAUGUUCAUCACCGAUGAGUCAUGAUCAAAUCUUACAAAUUAUUCCGAAUCUUUCUCAUAUAAAUGUUGAAUUGGGUCGUACAUAUACAUUUGUUUGUCGAUCAACAGAUGAUCAAUUUGAACCCGAAUGGACAUAUGAAAAUGGAACGAUUAUCAAUCCAAGCAUGUCUUCUGAACAACAAAUAACAUCAUAUUUAUUAAGUGAAACACGUUCAGUCUAUUUGCGAUUAGCACCUGUUGUAGCUGGUACGUAUAUUUGUCGGUCGCGCCCUGUAGACAUGCAAAUGGCGAAAGAGGAAGUAACAAUAACAACAACAUCAAUUACUUUAAAAGCCGAAAUGAUUGUUGAAACAAAUGGAAUAUCAUUUCAAUCAUCAGCAUUAGCUGAAUAUCAUGUACGAAUAAAUGCAUCAUUAUUUGUUGCUUGUCGUCCUGAAUAUUUUAAUUUUCAAUUAAUAACAAAUUCAUCUUAUUUACCAUUAGCUACACUUAUACGUAUCAAUGAUAAUAAUCAUUUUUUAUUAUCGGAUAUAAUUGAUAGUCUACUUAUUGAUCGUAUAUCAAAAAAUGAAAGUGGAAUGUAUUUAUGUAUGGGAAAAAUUCCAUUACCUGAACAAUUAAUUACAUCAUAUUAUCCUAUUAUGAAAAAAAAAAAGAAAGAAAACGAGAAUACAAACGAAUCAAGACGGCAAUGUUACAUGGAAAUUUACGGUGAUGGCGAUCAUAAUCCUUAUACAUCUCGAUGGUCAGUUACCGAACUUAAAGACCGUCAAUCGAAUAUAUCCGUAUUUGCACGUAUAUAUGAAGAAUAUACAGAUGCUGAACAUUUUUUUGAUUUUGCUAAAAAAACAGCAUCAAUUCUAUUUCAAACAAAAACUGCUUCAUUUAUUUUUGCAUCAUCUCUUGUUUUACCAGUAAUUAUGAUUAGUGUUGGUAUUUCAAAUUUAGAAGAAUGUCCAUUAGAUCGUAAUAUUCCAGUUUUUGUACUUGUUGGUGGAGCUUUAGCUUUACUUAAAUUAUUACAAGUUCUUUGGAAACAAUAUAAUCGUCAUAGUAGUCCAUCAGAAGAAGAAACGACUGAUACACAAAAUGGAUCGACAUUUAUGGAAGUUCUUACAACACUUUUUCUUAUUGUUUGGUUUAUUUAUGGUAAUUAUUUAUUAUGCCGUUAUCGUUUACCACGUUUUGAACAAACAACAGAAGAUCCAGAAAAUUGGUGUUCAAAAAAUGUUUAUUUUUUAACAAUAAUUAGUGUCGCUUAUACAUAUGCAUUUGUUACAAUAAUGAUUUUAAUUGUUCUUAUUGUUGUCUUAACUGUUCACCUUCAAAAUCGUCGUCGUGCCAUCCAAGAAGCUAAAGAAGCUGGAUGUACAUGA